AUAAAUAUGGCCGCUCGUUGAAGUUUUGUAACUGGAACUAAAUACCACGCUUUAGUGCUACAAUUUAGUACGGAACUGUAAUUGAGAAUCUAGACAAGAGAUGCGUCGUAAGAGUGAACGCGCUGCUACUAAAAAAGCGAAGGCUUCACCGGAGAAAAAGCUUGAUAAGGUAAAACGAACCAGAACUAGACGUAGGAAGCAAUCGGCGUCAUCUGAAAAUGAUUCUGCAGAUGAAGUAACACCAGUGCAAGAAAAGGAAAUUGUUAAUGAACCUGUUCAAAAACCUCCCCUAACGCCUGGCAAAGAAGACAGUCCUGAGGAUGCUCCUGAUCAAGUUUGGCGUGUUAAAUCAACUGAAGGAGGUGAUGUUGGAGAAAUUCAAAAAUUAAAAAUUUGUUUAACACGUCCCCCUUCAACUCCAGAGCGAGUGGAUAGAUCUCCUCGCAGUAAAAGAAAGCACUCGAGAGCUACUAGUUCAAGUGAUACUCCAAGUUGUGAGGGAGUUGAGGAGAAAAAGAAAUCCAAGCGUCAUUCUAAGAGAUCCACUCGUGAAUCUAAAGAUGAAUCAGAAAAAAAUCACGAUAGUCAAGAAGAACCAGAUGUGGAAGUUGAGACUUCACAAGAUAAAUCUAGUAAUGAAAUAUCACAGAGCACCAAACCCACUGAAGAAUCUAUUUCAGAUAACACACCAAUGUCAACUACUAAUGAAGAAGUAAAAGUUGUGGAUAGUUCUGAGAAUAAAGAAACAGUAACUCAAGAAAAAUCUCAAGAUGACUCUAUUGAAAAUCUUAAGUCUUCUGAUGCUGAUACAACUGUUGCUUCACCUAAAGUUGAAACAACAGCUGUAUCAUCAGAAGUAGAUGCUAAUGAAACUGUAGAGUCACAUGAACCAAGUAGUUUUAAACCUCAAAAAGAUUCUUCAGAAGAUAAAUCUGAAGUGUUAGAAUUGCAUGCAGAAGAUAAUAGAUGUGAACCAACAAACACUGAUACAGAUAAGUCCAAAAAAGUGGACACAGAUAAAAAAGUUACUCAAGAUGGUGACCAGGUCAUCUCUUCAAAUGAUAAGGUAAGUAAAACAGAAGAUGAAACAGACAGUAAUUCUUCUAAGAAAAAAAAGUCUCAUAAUGAGCAUAAAAAAUCUACUGAUGAUGUUGUAGAAAAUAGGGAACAGAAAACAGAUGACGGCAAAGAAAAUUCCACUGCAUUAACCAAUGACAGAGAAGAAGAUAAACAAGAAAAACAUUUAGAAAGAACUGAUUCCACCCAAUCUGCACCAGAAGACACUAUUGCAGCUCCUAUUGUAGUAAGCAGAAAAAGACGUUGGGGUUCUAGACCCAACAAAUCAACAUCCACAAAAUCUUUAACUAUAUCAACUGAUGUUUUAAAAGAAAUCAUACCUGAUGUUAAGCCUGCUGAGUUUGAUGAAGUAAUUGAAGAAAAGAAAAACAAAAGGGAAGUUAUUGAAAAGUUGGAGAGGCCUGUAUUGCCAAAAAUUAUCAUAGACAAUUCAGAGAAUGUAGAGAACAAUAAGAGGCAUGAAGAAAAAGAAAAAGACAUUGUUAAACCUCGUGAUAUACAAAUGUUGUCUAAUAGGAAAAUAUCAAUAGUCAAAGAAAAUGAUAGUAUAAUUACAAGACCUCCAAGUCCACCAAGACAUAAACAGUCAUGUAUUUUGUACAUAACAAACCUUGUGAGGCCAUUUACUUUGCCUCAACUGAGGAAUUUGCUUCAAAGAACUGGGAGAAUUGUAGAAGAUGGCUUUUGGAUAGAUAGAAUUAAAUCCAAAUGCUUUAUAAAGUAUGAAAAUGAAGACCAAGCUGUUGAGACACGCCAUGCUUUACAUGGUGUCACAUGGCCUGUAUCAAACCCGAAAACAUUGCAAGUGGAUUUCUCGACUGAUGAAGCAUUUCAAUUAGCCAAAACAAAUGAAGAUACAGACAAGGCACAAAUAUCAACUAUUCCAGGUACAGUCGAGGACUGGCUUCGGGAGCAAGAUAUGAAAAGAGAAAGAGGAGAGAUGGACAAAUCUUUUGAGAGGAAAGCAGCCAUGAGAGAGUGGGAUAUGGGAAAGAAUGAAAAGGAUAAGGAUGGAAAGGAUAAACUUCGUCGUCCUGAUGACAGACCAAUGGAAAAGAGGCGACACCGCAGUUUGGAAAGAAGUCCUGAACCAGCAAAGAAAUUUAAAAAGAAGGAAGAGGAGGCACCUGCAAAGCUUCUGGAUGAUCUUUUCAGAAAAACAAAAACCACUCCUUGUAUAUAUUGGUUGCCCCUCUCAGCUGAAACGAUCGCAAUAAAGGAGGAGCAGCGGAGGCAACACAUGGCCGAACAUGAGCGCCGCUUGCAGGAGCUCCGUCGCACCCAUCGACGCCACUAGCAUGAAAGGCACGCUUGGAGGAAAUCCUAUGAUUUUACCUGUCAUCGGAGUAACGCAGUUCCUUGAUCAAAGGGAGGCGAGACGUAGUCGGGACUCCGCAUGGGACGGUUCUAUCGCCGCCGACUUGACAUGCAGCAUUGAAGCUGGCUGUCCGAAAUACGAGAGUGCACAAAAUGUCUACAUGGCUGUGCAGUUACUAAAUUGUAAUAAUCAUGCUCAUCAAUGAUGCAAACUGUGGCAUUUGCCAUCAACUCUGACAAAUAUUCCACACAGUAAUUAUGACUGUGGCAACAAAUUUAUAUUGACUGAAGACUUGAACAAUUUAAAGAACCGACUGAUUUUGAUCAAAGUGAAUGAUGGAAAGCUUGAAGAUAAUCUACGGAACAUUAUGUAUUUCUAUGAAUUUCUUAUGAUGGAUUAACCUAUCCAUAUGGAAGGAUCAUCACUAUAGAUUUGGAAUUGAACUUGGUUUUGGAGUACUUGGUCUACAUCAUCUGCAAUAGACACUUAGCGUGACAUAAUUUUGUGAUGUAGUAAAGUAAAAAUGUGGUUGAGUAUUCUUGAGACUUGUUUUUGUCAGCCUUAUGAUAUUCCAUUGAUGUUAAUAAACUUUUCUUAUCCUA